GGCUGGUGCUUUAGCCAAUGGAAUUGUCUGUUAGUAGUCUCUGCGACUUCAUUCAUUAUCGACAGUUUGAAAAGAUACGCAGACGAAUUCUGCUGAUUUUUUUUUUCUAGAAAUAGCAGCUUAGUCUCCUCAAAAAUCAAACGCUGUUGUCUUAAAUAAGAGAGCAUAUUAGAACUUAAACGACGAAUUGGCCAUAACUGCAAUACCUUUGAUCUUAGGGUUAGCUCGUUCAGUUUUGACUCGUGGCCAAACAACAUCAAGUGGCUUUCGGACGAUCCAUCAAGAAAACCUAUUCGUGGAUGUGCGAUCUGCUGGGAAUAGCAGUUGAACACUCUCAAACCACAUUUUACCGUCUAGAAAAAAAUGAGGAGGCCAUGACGGUAAUAUCACUGAUGUGGAGGUAUCGUAUGUACGAAUGGUCUGACUUGGCGAGAACAACGGAAGUUGACGCUGCGGGUGCUCAAAGAUCUUGGUCUCGGUCAGCACAGCAUGGAGGAUCGAAUGCACGAGGAAGUGACAGCUUUUGUCAAGGCGCUGGAUAGCAACGUGAAUACGCCGUUCGAUGCUCAUGACUUGGUGCAGACAGCGGUGGCCAACGUGAUUUGUUCACUUAUGUUCGGUCGCAGGUUCGAUUACGACAACCCACAGUUUAAGAAAUACGUCCACGGUAUCGAUGAGAACUUCAAGAACAUUGGUCUGAGCGCCAUCGUUAACUUCUUCCCCAUGCUGGAACAUUUGCCCGGCGAUCCGUUCAAAUUCAAAAAGAUUUUCAAGAACAUUGAAAACAUGGAGGAAUUCCUGUCGACUGCCGUCACCGACCACAUGAGAGAAUACGAAGAAACAAACAUCAAAGACUUCAUUGAUGCUUACAUCAAAGAGAUGAAACAGAGAGAAAAAACGGAUCCCGAUACAUCACUAAAUGAAGAACAGCUGUGUAAAGUAAUUGGUGACCUUCUAAUAGCUGGCACAGAGACCACCACAUCAACAAUCUUGUGGGCCCUUGUCUAUAUGUUGCACUAUCCCGAUGUCCAGAAACGGAUUCAAGCAGAAAUUGACGAAAAUGUAGAAGACGAUCGUCUGCCCUCACUCAACGACAGGUCUCGUCUACCAUAUCUUGAUGCAUCUAUAAUGGAAAUUCAGCGACGAGGCAACGUUGUCCAGCUGUUACUUGGACGACAGACACCGAAAGACAUUACAUUUGGUGGAUACACGAUUCCAAAAGAAGCCAUUAUCAUCCCCAAUCUUGGUUCAGUAAUGACAGACAAGGAAAUCUGGGGCGAUCCAGAAAAUUUCCGACCUGAACGAUUUUUAUCAGAGACAAAGGGUAAAAACGAAACGCCAUCAGCCUUUAUACCAUUUUUUGUGGGUAAACGAAGCUGUCUCGGAGAACCACUGGCCAAGUCAGAGCUGUUCCUUUUCCUGUCUGGAAUGUUACAACAGUUCACUUUCACAUGUGCAGCUGGUGAUGAGUUGCCACCUCUGAAAGGGGUGUUUGGCAUCACCAACAUGCCUCAUCCAUUUAGAAUACAAAUCAAUCGAAGACAAAGAUAAUGCAUGCAUCACAAUGAUGGCAAUGAUGAUGACUGAAGGAAGAAUGAGACAAAAGGAGGAGGUGAAAAAAAAAAACAAAGAAGAGGAGCCAACACAAAAACUCACUACAAGACUACAAGCAAAAUUGUAUAGUCACAAUGCAAUACAGCAGUGAACUAUCAUAGCACAGCAUAGUCAAAUAAUGAGUGUUGAAAUUUUGGAAAAAUGCAUUUCCUUUUCUGUAUUUUUAUGUGUAUAUUUUGUUACAUAUGUGCAUAAAAAGUAGCACAUACAUAGAAAAAUGAGUAUACGAAUAUAUAAAAACUUGUAUAUAGAAAUAUAUAGACACACACAUAUUUAAGUGUAUAUAUAUCUACAUGUAUAUAGAUACUUUUGUACAUGUAUAUAUGAAUGUGUGUGUGUGUGUGUGUAUAUAUAUAUAUAUAUAUAUAUAAACACACACAUACAAACCCAUGUACACAUACACAUGUACAUGCAUACGCACAUCUGUAUAUAGACACACAUAGUCGCAUAUAAAUAACCAUAUAUGUGCAUACAUACACACACACAUACACACACUAAUAUAACCUUGUGCAUAUUUGUAUGUGAUAUAUAUACUUACAUUUGUGCUGUAUGCAUGUAAUGUGGAUAAGUUACACUAUAGAAUGUAUCCCUAUAUUAAACAUAUUAAAUGUAUGUAUGAAAAUUAUUUGUAAAUUUUGUGUAACCUAUUAGCUAACAUAUGUGGUAUGUUUAUGUAAUCUACUGUUACUACCACCUAGCAACUACUACUCUUAGUAAAAGAGUAAAGAAUAUCCGUGUAUGAUAAUUGUCACAUAAAUGUGUGUGUGUAAUAACUGUAACAUGAAAAAAGAGUGUAUGUGUGUGUCUCCUAUAUAUAUAUAUAUAUAUAUAUAGCAGGAUGAAAAUAUACAAGUUGUAAAGUAUACUGAAGAUUCAGUAUACAACAUGUGGCAAAAUUAUGAGUUGAAAAUUAUAAUUUUUUUUUUACACAUAUUCAUAUAUAUAUAUAUAUAAUGUAAUAUCCCUAUAUGAAAAUAAUACGGGUGGGUGCAAUAUCUAGUAUUUGAACCGGUCUGUUUAUAAUCCUUACCAACUGACAAUGUCCUUCCAUUGCUACAGGACCGCAAUUGUGGCUUUUUGUCACAUUUUUAAAGAUCUAAUGUGUUACCAAAAUUAGGAUUAUUAUCAUCAUCAUCAUCAUCAUCACCACCACCUUCAUCUCUAGGGCAGGAGUAUUUGGCGGAGCGAUUGUGUCAGAACAAAGUGUUUGAUAAAUGUUAUCUUUAUAAUUUAAUGUUCUGGAUUGUAAUUCUAUCAUGUGGUCAUCCUUCUAGAGCAGGCUCAAAGUGUGAGUUUCAGUAAUAUAUCCUUGUGUGUGUAUUCUUCAAAUUCUGGGCUUUAUGUAAUCAGUUUUUCUACAAUUCUUCAAAAAACAAAAACAAAAAAAAAAACUUGUGGCCUUAAGCCUAGAUUAGGAGUGGAUCGGUAGAAUCAUAAGAGUAUUUGACAAAAUCCUUUGUAUCUCAUAGCUCUGUAUCUUCUGUGUUAAAAUCCUGCCAUGGCAAGGUUAACUUUAUACCUUUUGUUCUUCAAAGGUCCAUAAAAUAAAUCAGCAGUCAGAUACUGGGAUCAAUUUAAUCAACUAAUUCUUCCUAACCCCAGAUUUCUAACCUUCUGGUUAUGUCAGAAAUUAUUAUUCAUCCUCAUGUCUGUGGUGUUGUGGCAGGGAAAGCAGAGAGUCAAGCUAGAUGAAUUAAGAAAUAUUUAGUUUUGUCAUUUUAAACGGGGUAGCAAAGCACAAAAUACAGUGUAUGCUGUUGCUCUUUCCAUUCUAAGUUCAAAUCCUCAUGAAGUUACAUUUGCCUUCCAUCCUUCCAAAGUUGGUGGAAUAAAGUGAGUCUAGAACAGGGUUGGGGAGCCUUUUUAACCAAUUGCCCCAAAAAAUAUUUAUUUAUGCUGACAUUACCCACUCGAUUUGAAAAGAAGAGAAUCGUAACUUCUUUGAAUUCAAAAGAUUUAUUGAAUCUAUUUUAUUGAAUUUAUUUACAUGUCCAUUAUAUUGGACAGAUGCAGUGCUGCCAGAAGAAAAAUUCCUGUGGUAACAAGGAACAUGGUUUUUUUUUUUAUAUAAUUUUACUUAUGAGUCUUAAUUACCCCCCAAGAAUUUCAUUUUUACUCCUCUUGGGGUAAUUUACCUUGCUUCGCUGAACCCUGGUCUAGAGCAAUGGAUUGGCCAUGUUUUGUUCACAUAUUACACAAAAAGCUCUACAGCAUUUGUUCUGGCUAUUUAUUUUCCAAGUUCAAUCUUGCCAAGAUCAUGUUUUCCUUUCAUUCUUCUGCUGUUGAUCAAACUAAAAAAUACCAAUCAAAUACUAGGUUAUUGAUUUGAUGUUCUUAUAAAGCAUAUUAGCUAUGAAUGGAGUUAUGAAAGAUUUGGAUUAACUUCGUUUUUCAGCCUUUUUAGGUUGAUCAAUCAAAAUUCCCUCUGAGAGCUUAUGGGCAAGUAGAAUUUUUAGAGUAUCAAACAAAAUAUUUUGUGGCAUUUGUUCUGGAUCUUAACAUUCUUAGUAUUUGAUCUUUACAUUCUAGAGUACAGCAGAUUUUUCUGUACCUUAAUUAUAUACAUCAUGCAAACGUUCUAUGAUGGGGUUUCAGGUCUUCUACUAAUGAAACAAAAGAGCAGAAGCACUGGGGUUUCAGGUUUCAAAUACUACUUGGCUCAACAUUGCUCUUUGUCAUUCUUGGAGAUGGUAAAAAAAUAAGUACCAGUCAAAUACCUGGAGCCCAUCUAAUCGAUUAUACAAUCCCCCCAAAUAUUUGUGGCUUUGUGUUCAUUGCUAAAAAUAUUAGGGGUAUUAGAAUGGUUUUGGGUAUGAUAGAAUGUGGUUGGAGAGUCUUACUGGAGUUGAUUAAAAUGUAGUACCAGAAAUGUACUGAGGUUAAAGUUGAUUUAUCACCUAAAAUCACCCCCCCCACACACACACACACACACAGUAGCCUCUGUACAAUUGAGAACUAUUCAGUUGUCAUAAAGCACAAUGGAAAACAUUAUCAUAAUCAUCAUCUAGAUGUAAUACCUGAGGAGUUGUGGAAAUUAUUAAAAAUACCAAAUAUAUUAGCUAUGCUGGUUUCACAUAACAGGCAUCCAUGCCAGUGGUACAUAAAAAGCACCUUUCGAAGGAUGGACCUCACAGAGGCAAUGAUAAGUGACCAAGGUAAUAUGCUAUGCUUGAGAAGAUUUGUCAAGUCUGCCAUGCUAGAGAAGACUUGUCAAGCCAAAGUCCAAUGCUGGUGUCACAUAACUGGAACCUGUGCUGGUAGCACAUAAAAGUACCCAUUACACUUUUGGAGUGGUUGGCAUUGGGAAGGACAUCCAGUCAUAGAAACCAUGCCAAAUUAGAUUGGAACCUCACACAGUUCUCCGGAGUACUAUUUUCUGUCAAACCAUCAAACCCAUACCAGCAUGGAAAGCAGAAGCUAAAUGAAAUUAUGCACAAACUCACAUUCUCAUUUACACAUGCACACACACACACACACACAUGCAUUAUUCAACAACUAUCUGAUGCUGCUAAAGCAAAAUAUUUCUUUAUAAUAAAUAUUUUUGAUUUUGGUACAAGGCUGGUAAUUCAGAAGAUAUGUGGUUUAAUCAAUAGCAUUGACCCUAGUACUUGACUGGUACUUUAGUUUAUUGAUGAAGGGUGGAAAGAAGGCAAAAUUGCAAAGCACUUUCCAAAGCUCAAACAAUUUUGCCAGCUUGCUGCCUUAAUAAUAAUAAAUGGUUUCUGAUUUAGACACAAGGACAGGAAUUCUGAGGUGAGAGGAUGACAACUCUAGUACUUCACUUUUUUGAGACUGGUAGCAUGGAAAGCAAAGUUGGCCUCAGAUGGAUUUGAACUCUGAAUGUAGAACCAGGAGAAAUAUUACAAAGAAUUUCUUCCAAUACCCUAACAACUCCAUCAGAUUACCAUUUUAAUAAGAAAUAAUAAUGGCUUCAAAUAUUGGCACAAGUGUAGCAUUUUCAGGAAAGGGAGUAAAUUGAUUACAUUGAACCCAGAACUCAACUGAUGUUUUUUUUAUAUCAACUUCGAAAGGAUGAAAGGCAAAGUUGACCCCAGCAGAACUUGAUAGUAAUAAUGUUUCUGACAUUAGUACAAAGCAACAUGCCUGAUACCAUUAUAUAAUUGGUACUUUAUUUUACCAACCCACCCUAUAGCAAGAUAUGAAAUAGGAACUUUGCUUUUUCAUUUGGAGGCAGGGGUAUCAGUCAACUACUAGAAUCAAUACAAUCAAUUUUAUACUCCACAUUCUGCUUCCCUGAGAUUUGUGACAUUGUGACAAAUUAGUAAUAAUGAUAAUUUUAAUAUUGGCACAGGCGAGCAAUUUUUAAGGGGAGGGGAAAAGUUAAUUAUAUUGACUCCAGUACUUGCCUGGUACUUAACUUUUAGAAGGUGCAUGGCUCAGUAGUUAGAGCAUAAGGCUCACAAUCAUGAGGUAGUGAGUUUGAUUCCUAGGCCAGGCUGUGUUGUGUUCUUGAGCAAGACACUUUAUUUUACAUUUCUCCAGUUUCCCCAGUUAUAGAAAUGAGUUGCAAUGUCACUGGUGCCAAGCUGUAUCAGCCCUUGGAUAAUAUCAGUGGCAUGCAGAGGAGAGGCUGGUAUGCAUGUGUGACUGCUGGUCUUCCCUAAACAACCUUGCCCAGACUUAUGCUUUGAAGGGAACUUUCUAGGUGCAAUCCCAUGGUCAUUCAUGACCAAGGUGGGUCUUUACCUUUACCCUUUAAACUUUUAUCAUGCUUAGGCAAAUUAUGGCACUGUACAAGUUUUCACCUCAAUAGCUGCAGGUGCAUUGUGUCUCGGUGAGAGGGAAGAAAAUUCACACAGUAACAUGAUGCAUCUACAGUGUGCUAAAGAUUAAUUUUGUUGUCCCAGAGGGAUGAAAGUCAAAGUUGACCUCAGCAGGAUUAGAACUCUAAACUCAAAGAGCUAGAGGAAAUACUAUAUGGCAUUUUGUCUGUUGCUCUAAUGAUUCUAUCAGCUCACUACCUUGAUAAUGUUAUUUAUUAAUAUGAAUAUCACAACCACCCACCCCACCCCCAGAACCAUGGCUGUCACCAUCAUCAUCAUCAUCAUCAUCUUAAUAUACAAACAAGAAAAUAGCAAAUACUUCAAAUAUUUUCCCUUUUGUUUUGUUUCAGUGUUCAUUUGUUCAAUGCUUUUCAUUUUUUUUUUUGUACGCAAUAUAUAUGUAUGUCUCUUGAGAGGGGUUUUCAAAAUGAUUUUUAAAAUAUUUUUUAAUUCUUAAAAUUUUAUAUGAAACAAUAAAAAGCUUUGUGUGCGUGCGUGCGUGUGCGUGUGUGUGUGUGCAUGUAUAUAUACUUGUAUGUAUAUUUAUAUAUGUAUGUAUAUAUAUACCCAUAUACGUGUAUAUGUGUGUACAUAUGUGUAUAUGUAUAUAUUAAAAUUAACAUUUUAUUUGUUUCAGUGCUCUUGUUAUCUUAUUUUGAGAUUUUUUUUAGAAUCUUACUGAAAUUGCUUAAGUUUUUAUCCCUUUUUAAGUUAUAGCUUCAUUUUUUUUUUUUUAAUACUUUGAACAAAAGUGAAAAACCCUUUCCAGCUUUGAUCAAUCAUACACAUGUACAAAAUCAAUAUAGACAGACAACUGGUAAAGAGUUUAAAUAGUAAAAAGAAAAAAAAAGGGCACCUAUUCAUGUGGCCAGGCAAAUACAUGCAAAAUUUACUCUAAUCAAACAAAAUUAAAUAAAAUAAAAAAACUGAAAUAUAUAACUUAACAAUGUUUGUUGAAGCAGAAACAAACAGAACAAAGCAACUUGAAACUACAGUUAGACCAAAAAAAUGUCCUUUUUAAACAGUUAUGACUGAAAACAAAAUAAAAUAAAAAGAAACUUUAUUCAUUUCAUAACUUCAAGGAAAAAAAAAAAAAGCUAUAAACCAACACGACCAUAUGAUGCAUGGCCCUUCUUUCACAUAACACUUGGUGACAUUUUCUCUUCUCUCUCUCUCUCUCUUCUUUUUUUUUUUUUUGUUGCAAGAACAACUUAUAGUAAAAAAUCAAGCUAUUGUAUAAAUCAGUAUUUUAUAAGUACCCUUCAACCCUUUAGCAUUUAACCUGACCAUAUUGGGCUUCUGAUAUUUGCUCUAUAAUAUCAUUUUCAAAAUAAAUAAUCACAUCAUUGAAAUCUCAUAGCUCCAAGAUAAGAUGAUUAAUUCAAAACUAUGUGAAUAAAUAAGCAUUACAUUUGACAGGGUAAUCUGAAUGCUAAAGGGUUAAAUGAAUUUUUUUUUUUUUACGCCAAUUCUUUAAGUUCUUUUUUUUUUUCUCCUUGUGAAAUUGGUAUCCAACAACUGCGUUUUUUUUUAAAUUUCUAGUUGGCUUUUUAAAAAUCAGAUCUUUACCCAUUUACAUCAUCUAAAUUUUUCAAAAGCUUCAGUCAAUUGAUCUUAGUGUACCUAAAACCACCACAUCACACUGCCCUGUAGAUGUCAUGAGUCAAUGUGAGAUGCUUUUUCUGUGCUUGCUUGACCUGCUAGAAAUAGUGACCAAAUACCUCUUGAACUUAUACGCAUGAUGAUGGUAUGUGUGUACAUAUGCACGCAUGCAAUGGGCUGUUUUCAGUUUCUAUCACUCACAAGGCUUUGUUCAAAGCAGAGCUCUUGUAGAAGACACUUGCCCAAGGUGCCAAGCAGUGCGACAGAACCCAAAACCAUGUGGUCGGGAAACCAACAUGGCUAUAACUCAUUAAAUAACACAGUCAUCCUACAUAGCCAUGUAAAGACAGGAUGGUCAUGGCAGGAACAAUUUUGAUUAUAAGAUCAGCUCAAUUAGAUUUGACCUGUGGCUAAAAUAAUGAAUUGGCACAUUGAGAUUCAAAGAAGAAAGUAAGGUAGAGAGGGGGAAGGGUUCACCUCUCCUCUACUGCCACAGUAUCUCUUAUCUAGACAUACUGCUGCCCUUAAGAGGAAACCAACAAGAUACUUAUCUAUUAAAAAGUGCUUACAAUGGUAACUGAGCAUAAUCUCCCCCGCCAGUGCAGCAUUGUGUCACCUAUGUGUGGCUUAGUAGGACAGGCCUAAGAACCAAAAGAAGUUACACUACAUAUCUUCUUGCCUGGAAACCUCUUUGGUGUUGGAAUGUGAACCAGUGACCUUUUCUCUUUUAAGACUCUAGUAAACCACCCACUUCUAACAAGUUUGCCUGCUUAUGUAUGGUACUUUCUUAAAAAAACAAAACCCUUUAACUAAUUUCACAGGAACCAAUCCAUCUGCUGUUAAAUUAGACAGUUUCAACCAUGCAUAUACACACACGCCAUCGGUUAUUUCGUUUGAUUUAUAUAUUUUUAUCAUUUUUCCAUAUAUUCAUUUUUCAUGGAUGGCAUGAUGUGUGGUAUGCUUCCUCCAUUUUUAAACUCUUACAACUGUUUAAAUCAGCCAUAUCUCACUCAAAUACUGUUUUAUGUUCAAACCAGUCAAAUCUGACCUCACAGACCUAUGCUACAAUGUCAUUUUAAAAAUAAACAAUCCUAUUAUCAAAACCUCAGAGCUAUGAGGUAAUACUUGAUUAAUUCAAAACAGUAUGAAAAGAUAAGCUUUACAUUUGAUAGAAUAAUCUGAAUGCAAUAGGGUUAAGAUAGGUACAGCUGUAGUUAAGAAAUUGGCUUCACAGAUAUGUAGCUCUAGGUUCAAUUCUUCGAAAAUACAGCACCUUGGGCAAAGUGCUUUCUCCUGUAGUUCAGGCUAGUCAAAACUAUAUGUGAGAAAUUUGAUUAACAGAAACUGCAGAGGCCUGUUGAGCGUGUGGCUAAAUAUAUCCAUAUAAAUGACACAUUCUUGACAGGAAAGGAAAAUGUUGAACUUUUUUUUUUUUUCCAGCAAUUUUAAUGUUAAAGAUUCAUCUUCUGCUAACAUAAUAUAACCAUCAUCUGGUAAAGUCAUUAAAGCAGAUGAUUGGAACGUUUCAGAAGAUAGGUCAUCUGGAAAAAUGCUUAACAUCAUCCAUGUACACAAUCUUGUUUAUAUAUACAAAUAUACGAGAAUACUAGCACAUUCAUGUGUGUAUAAACAUUUGGCACGUCCAUAGUGACACACAUAUACACACAAAUUCAACAGCUCAAUGAACAAUCUUGCUCUCAGAUAAAUUAUGGCUUUUACUUGUUUCAGUCAUUAGACUGCAGCCAUGCUGGGGCACUGCCAUGAGUUUUUAGCCAAAUGAAUGAACACCAGUAUUUUUUCUUUACUUUUUUUUUAAGCCUGGUAAUUAUUCUAUUGGUCUCUUUUGUUGAGUUGUUAAGUUAUGAGUACAUAAACACACUAAUGCCAAUUGCCAAGUGGUGGUGGGUGACACAAACACUUACACAUAUAUGAUGGGCUUCAUUCAGUUUCUGUCUACCAAAUCCACUCAAUGAUUUGGUCAGCCUGAGGCUAUAGUAGAAGACACUUGCCCAAGGUACCAUGAACUUGGAACCAUGGGGCUGGAAAGUGAGCUUCUUCACAUGCAGCCAUGCCCAACAAGAAAAACAACAAAUAAAUCUAAUAAUUCAAUGGUAAUUAAUAAAAGCUAUAAUAAUUAUUUACUAACAGAUCUUACAUUCUGAGUUCAAAUCCGACCAAACCCAAUUCUUUGUUUGUCAUCUUUCAUUAUAGGGUUUAUGUAAUAAUUCCCAGCUAAGUACUGGGAUCUAUUUAAUCACCUAUAAUCCUUUACCCUCUUCUGCUAAUAACUUCCGGCCUCUUCCAAAUUAGGCUUAUAUACACACACAAUAAAGACAAAGGUAUAUUAGAUACAUUACAAGAUAUGUUCUUGAAUUAUUGAAAAUUUUCUUCCCAUUGAGAGAAGAGUAAACUAAUUCCUUAUGAUGAUUGUGACCAACUCCAAAUAGGAAGAGGGGAAAAAAAAUCUCAAAAAUUCUCUGAAACUGACAUGCCA